AUGCUGCCCAGACUCCUCGUACUCGUCGCACUACUCAUCGCCCUGAUUGCAUGCACUGGUUACGCUCUCGACGAGCAGCAACCGGAAAUGGACGGCCAGGAUGGUAAUGAAGCACCGUUGAGGGUCCUCCGGUUAAUGGACCCGGAAAACACAGCGGAAGACCAGAUGCCGUUGAUGUAUAAGCGAUGGGCAACUCAGGUCCGAUUUGGCAAGCGGGCGGCAAAUAGCUGGGCCUCGUCGGUCCGAUUUGGA